UGUCAGAUUCAAGUAAUGUGUGCCAGAUUCAAGUACCGGUAAACAUUUUGUUAGGUUUGGGGUUUUUUUUUUGUUUUUUUUACCCUGCCCGAGAAGAGCGGAUACAUUGUGAAGUACGACUCAAAAGGAUGUGGUUGAGCGCAAGAUAACGAAGCAAAUGAGGAAUUUAAUGACAGAAGAUGGAAGUGGACGAGAGCUUUGAGAUGAGAACAUCCUGGUCACAAAGUGCAGGAGAGACACAGUGCACCACUACCUGUGACCAUGCAGGAAAGAAGAGAAAACAAGACUCAACGCCUGAACGUGUGAUCCGAAUGACUGAAGAUAACGAGCAGGAGGAGGAGGAAGAGCAAGAGGAGGACAAAAUGUUGCCUGAGCACAUGAAUGACUCAGAGGAGCCCAGCAACAAACGGGUCAAACCAGUGGUCAAGUCAAACAGCCUAACAGGGGUCAUCACGCCGGCGAAGACCCCUGCUCUCAAACGCAUCGGACAGUCCAUUUCGCGUUCCAUCAGUUUUCGAACCGAGGCUCGGCCUUUGCCCACGCCGCCCCUGCGCUCGCGCACAAAGGGCACCAUGUUUCCACGGAGGCGCAACAGCCAAUGCUGGAGCGACACGGUGGAGAUUCACAACCUCACCGCCAAGGAGAUCAAACGUCAAGAGGUCAUUUACGAGCUGACUGAGGGGGAGCGACAACUCAUCGAGGACCUCAGUCUUGUUAAAAAGGUGUACUAUGAGCCCAUGCUGAAGCUUGACAUCAUGUCCGAGAGUGAACUGCGGCAGAUUUUCGGCACUCUGGACUCUCUCAUUCCUCUCCAUGAAGAUCUGCUAAGCCGUCUCGAACGUCUGAGGGGAUCGAAGAAAACAGUGGGCGAGGUGGCUCCCACUCUGAUGAAUUGGUUUCCUUGCCUGGAAGCCUAUGUCACAUACUGCUGCAACCAGGUGGAAGCCAAAGCGCUGCUGGACCACAAGAAGCAUGAGAAGCGCGUGGAGCAGUUCUUGCGCCUGUGCCAGGAGUCGUCAUUUAGCAGGAAACUGGACCUCUGGAACUUUCUGGAUCUCCCUCGAAGCCGUUUGGUGAAAUAUCCUCUUUUGCUGAAAGAGAUUCAGAAGUGCACACCUGCUGAGCAUCCCGAUGAGUUUACAUUGCCCGAUGCAUUGCAACUGAUCCAGAGCAUUGUGGCAGAGGUGAACAAAAAGACGGGUGAAGCUGAGUGUCAGUUCUACCGGCGGGGGCUCACCUACCUUGAAGAUUGCCAGAGACUUCCCGAGAUCCAACAGUCGCGCUUCCUCUAUUGCCACGGGGAGCUCAAGAACAAUAAGGGCCAGCGUCUGCAUGUGUUCCUGUUUGAGCUGGCUCUGGUGCUGACCAGACCGGGAGAAGAACGGGAAGGAGGCCACGUCUUCCAAGUGUACAGGCAACCUCUCCCCAACGCCUCCUUAAACCUGGAGGUGAUCCCAGAUGGGGAAGCAGGCGGAGGGGGUUCCUUCAGAGGAGCUUUCACGGGGGGCAAUGACAAAGUGAAAAACUGUUUUCGCGUGAGCAGCAGGGGGCGCUCCAAAGCCCACUCCUACAGCCUGCAGGCCAAUGACUCCUUCAGCAAGCAACAGUGGGUUACGUGCUUGCGCCAGGCUGUAGUCCAGUCUCGAGACAGGAAGGCCCAGAGCAGACAGUCAGUGGCGCUACCGCACUCUGACCCCACUCUGUGUCACAUCGCCGACCUCAGCCUCAGCUGCGAUGCCGACAUGGCCGAAGUCACCGGCCGCUGAGCGAACGAAGAGGGCGCCGGCCGUUGCGCAGCCUCUGGAGUUGUGCAAUGGGCUUUUUGUUCCCUUUUGGAUGACCCCACCGAAUGGCUUUAUCAUGUACAGCUUGUGGAACAAUCUUACUGAAUGUACAUUUACUAAGUGUACCAUCUUUUGUUAUAUUAUUAAUAAACGUUUGUUAAUUCAAGUACUACGCAGAGAUGUGGUGUCUGAAUACAAAGCCGUCAAGAAGGAGCGAGAAAAGAUUACAGAUGAUUAUCCUCCUUCCAUUUCUCUCUCACUCUCUCUCCCCUUUCUCGCUUCCCAGCUUUCUUUGGCGCCAGCCUACGGAGCAGGACGCGGAUGUA